GCAGAGAGUGAACACAGCGCUGAACGGACGCGCAGCAGUUAUUCCGAAAUGCCCACAAAAUGCUGCUUCCGGGAGCCGUGACAAACCGCUGCAUGUAAAGAAAAUAAAGAAACAGCAAACACCGGAAGCUCCCUCGUCCAGACUGAAGCGCUCGCGCUCGCGCAGGCAGUCUUUUUCUGCAGAAUUCACCCCACCACAGCUCUUGCUGAUGCGCUUUAUCUGUGCAUGAAUCCCUCCGUUUGGCUUGCAGUUCCAGGACAAAACCGGGUGGUGUUGACGACUGCGUGUGGUGGACAGCCUACUGUUUGUGAGUGCACCUUAUCCGCGUCCCCGCACACCCCUUGGCACUUUUUUCAAGAUGGCAUUAACGAUCUGCACAAGAUUUACCGACGAAUAUCAGCUCUUCGAGGAGCUUGGAAAGGGUGCAUUCUCUGUGGUCAGGAGAUGUGUGAAGAUCUCCUCUGGACAGGAGUAUGCUGCCAAAAUCAUCAACACCAAGAAGCUUUCUGCCAGAGAUCAUCAAAAGCUGGAGAGAGAGGCAAGGAUCUGCCGUUUACUGAAGCACCCCAAUAUUGUACGACUCCAUGACAGCAUAUCAGAAGAGGGUUUCCACUAUUUGGUGUUUGAUCUGGUGACGGGAGGAGAGCUGUUCGAGGACAUCGUAGCCAGGGAGUACUACAGUGAAGCUGAUGCCAGCCACUGCAUCCAGCAGAUCCUGGAGAGUGUCCAUCACUGCCAUGUUAACGGGAUUGUCCACAGGGAUCUGAAGCCUGAGAACCUUCUAUUGGCCAGUAAGCUGAAGGGGGCGGCAGUCAAGUUGGCUGACUUUGGGCUGGCUAUCGAGGUACAAGGGGACCAGCAGGCAUGGUUCGGUUUUGCCGGCACCCCAGGCUACUUGUCUCCAGAAGUUCUGAGGAAAGACCCAUAUGGGAAACCAGUGGAUAUGUGGGCCUGUGGUGUGAUUUUGUACAUCCUGCUGGUGGGCUACCCGCCUUUCUGGGACGAGGAUCAGCACCGCCUCUACCAACAAAUUAAGGCCGGGGCCUAUGAUUUCCCAUCCCCAGAGUGGGACACUGUAACACCUGAGGCCAAAGAUCUGAUCAACAAAAUGCUAACCAUCAACCCCAGUAAACGCAUCACUGCUGCAGAGGCCCUAAAACACCCCUGGAUCUGUCAACGGUCCACUGUAGCUUCCAUGAUGCACAGGCAGGAAACUGUGGAGUGCCUGAAAAAAUUUAACGCCAGGAGGAAACUCAAGGGAGCCAUAUUGACCACUUUGCUGGUCACAAGAAACUUCUCAGCAGCUAAGAGUUUGCUCAACAAGAAGCCAGAUGGCGUUAAGGUCAACAACAAAGCCAACACAGCGACCAGUCCUAAAGACACUGGCCCUGCCCCAACACUGGAACCACAAACAACUGUGAUCCACAACCCUGUGGAUGGAAACAAGGAGUCCAUUGAGAGCACCAACACUACCAUAGAGGACGAAGAUGUAAAAGCCUGCACCCAUAACAAUAAAGCUCGCAAACAAGAAAUUAUCAAAGUUACCGAGCAGCUGAUUGAGUCUAUCAACAAUGGAGACUUUGAGGCCUAUGCGAAGAUCUGUGAUCCUGGACUGACUUCCUUUGAGCCCGAGGCCUUGGGCAACCUGGUGGAAGGACAUGACUUCCAUCGCUUUUACUUUGAGAAUGCCUUGUCCAAAGGGAAUAAACCAGUGCACACCAUCCUCUUGAACCCACAUGUGCAUCUAAUUGGAGAAAAUGCAGCGUGCAUCGCCUAUAUUCGACUGACCCAGUACAUGGAUAGCAGCGGCAUGCCCCGCACCAUGCAGUCUGAGGAGACCCGUGUGUGGCAUCGUCGUGAUGGCAAGUGGCAGAACAUCCAUUGUCAUCGUUCCGGCUCGCCCAGCAUCCCCUCCCAAGAAGGUGGAGAUGAUGAAGAUGGAGAAAGAACACCUUGGUCUCAUUCAGUCAAAGUAUCAACCUGAUGGUUGGGCUAAUAGGCCUGGAAGUGUUAUAAAAGCAUUGGAUAGAGGAACAUUGCAGUCAAACAAGAGCAUGGUAAGAGGACAGUGAAGAAGAGAAGUCAAACAAGAGUUGAAAGAGCCGAUGGGAUGUCUUCCUUGAUGAUCUGUUCUUCUACUAGCCAGUGGUCUCCUUUCUACUGCAGGACAAUAUUGUUGUCUUCAUCAUCCUUCCUCUUUUCAAUUGGUUUGUCUCUUCUUUUUUAAGGGGAAAAUAUGAUAAAGAUUUCUUUUGACAAACUGUAUGAUGUCAGUGCAAUGCACCACUCCUUAUAUGGUGUGUAACUGUUGCCAGCAUGGCAAUGGAUAGCUUAACAUGUUUAAGAAAUAAAUAAAUCAGCUAAAA